AACCCUUCUUCUCUCUUUCAUUUCUCAUCUCGACUAUUCAUUCUCUUCUGCCGUUCUCUCUCUCUUUCUCUCUCCUCCCACAACACUCUCAAACACAGUAUAACAAUGGCGUCAGUAGAUCCCGAGCAUAGAGACGAAGAGCACGCUCCCGCCGAAGAAGAAGACACCGGUGCCCAAAUUGCCCCCAUCGUUAAGCUUGAAGAGGUCGCCAUCACCACUGGUGAAGAAGACGAAGACGCCCUCCUCGAUCUAAAAGCGAAGCUUUACAGAUUUGAUAAAGAAGGAAAUCAAUGGAAAGAGAGGGGUACUGGUACAGUUAAGUUUCUAAAGCAUAAGGUUUCUGGGAAAGUUCGAUUGGUUAUGCGGCAAUCCAAGACUCUUAAGAUCUGUGCUAAUCAUCUGAUUAUUGCGGGUAUGACGGUUCAGGAGCAUGCCGGGAAUGAGAAAUCUUGUGUGUGGGUUGCUAGUGAUUAUGCUGAUGGAGAGUUGAAGGAGGAGAUGUUCUGUAUCCGAUUCGCAUCGAUUGAGAAUAACAAAUCCUUCAUGGAGAUGUUCCAAGAGGUUGCUGAAUCACAAAAGAAGCAGGAAGAGAACACAGACGCUUCUGAGACUGCUCAAGCUCUUGAGAAGCUGAGUGUUGGAGAAGAGAAAAGCAAUGACAAAGCCUCAGAGGAAGAAGCUGCUCCUGCCAAGGAAGAGGCUGCUCCUGCCAAAGAAGAAGCUUCUCCAGCUAAAGAAGCAGCUGCACCAGCAGAGGUGACAGAAACCGAGGCUAAGAAGGAUGAUGUGGAGAAGAAGGGUGAGGAUUCCAGCGCUUGAUUUUAGUGUAUACCAAUUUUCAUCGGUACCACCACAUCAAUCAUUGCAUAGUAUUUCAAGCUCCUUGGCUGUGCUUUAUUGGGCGCAAAUAUUUUGGUAGUAAUUAUUUUGGUCAGCAUCUAUUCUUGGGACCAAAUGGGUCGUCUUUCAGUAGAGUCUGUUGGUGUUUGGUCUUUGUCUAUUUGGGUGUCGAGGAAUCUUUAUUGAUUUUAAUCUGGGUAUUUUAUGUUGAGGCGCUUAGAAAGUGUUUUUUUUUCUUAUUUACUUAAAUUUGUACUAGGUGUGUUGGCGUGUUUUUGGCUGUCCGUGUAUGAAAAUGCUCUACAAAAAAAGUUUUUUGUUCAAGGUCUCACAAUCUGCUUAUGCAAGGUUUAGCUUAUAUCUAUAUCUACGUCUUUAUAUUGAUA